AUGCGUUCCUUCAUUGUUUCUUUUUUGAUUUUUGUCCUGGUCGUCUCCUCUGUGAUGGCCACUGAGGACCCGUGCACUGAGAUGUGUUCUGAUGUGAGUGGAUGUGCGGACUCGAAAUACGGCUCUUACUGCAAGUACUGGGAAGCUCCCUCCGUCUGUUUCGGUUUGAUUGAGAGGAAUGAUGGAUCGAUUGGCUUCGAGCCCACUGAUCCUAACUGUGUUGGUGAGACUUUGGCUUGCGGCGGUGUCCAAGCAACGAAUAAACCGACUACUACAACUAACCGCGCUACUACUGCGCAUGGAUAA